CGACGAAAUCGUCGAGCUGCGACCAUGGCUGACAACGAAGCAAUGAGAACGGUACUGGCUGCUCUAUAUCAUAUGGUGGAGUUAAUACGCAAUCAAGAUAUGACUGAUAAGUUGCUGAGUGAAGAUUCUGGUCUGUCAGCGAGAAGAAGUGCUUUUCUUGCGGAAUUAAACGAACCUCUUGAUCACGUCCAUCAACCUCUAUUGUUGGUGUUGUUUGAAAUGUUGCCACCAUUUUAUACUGGAGCUUCCCCUCACUAUCCCAUCAAAAAGAUUUUACUUCUCAUCUGGAAAAUUUUGCUCGCUACAUUGGGCGGCUGGCGCGCGUUAGAUGCCUCAAAAACAGCCAAGCGGGCUGCUCUGGGAUUACCAAUCAUGGAGAACACUAUCGAGGUUGCAUCUUCCUUGUCUGCUACUGUCAUCAAUGACACUGAAAGUGGUGCAAGGGUAGCAUCUCGCCGAAUUGUGCCUAUCGGUCGUGUUAUGGCUCGACAGCUGGCUUAUACGGGCUCGAGUGAAGAGGCUAAGGACGAGGAGAUUGACAUAGGAGCAAUUGCCGGAGAAGAUUUUGGUGACAAUGACGGAUCAUCAAGGAAAGUGAGUGAGCUACGACAAGUAAGCAGUGGUGAUCGGACACCUAGAGCUGGUUCGCCUAUGCCGCGAGAACCGCCGAAGCGAAGUUUACCUUGGAAGAGUAAAGUGUCCAAACAGGAGAUUGAGGCAUUCCUUCAACAGGAAAGGUUUGUACUUUGA